AUGCCGAUUAGCUUAACGCUAUCUAGUCUCCUACUCGCUGCCGCCUUGGGGGUGAUCGGAACCCAUAAUGGCUUCUCGGAACGAGCUUCGCCUGCAAUGACAUAUGUAGGCUGUUACUCCAGCAGCGACGGUCUCACCAAUCGAACUUCAUAUAUUUACCAAAGUUUUGGAUGGUGCUUGAAUGAAUGUAUCAAGACUGACGCUGCUACAUUUGCUCUUAGGGGCCAUGACUGCCUUUGCGGUACUAAGCUGCCACCACCAUCAGCUAUGGUUCCCAAGGGGCAAUGUAACCAGGCGUGUCCUGGGUUCUCCUCGGAUAUCUGUAUGCUACCUUCAUCCGACAGUUCAAGCCUUCCUCCCCUUGCUGAUGAGUUCGUUCGCUGCACAGGUGGCAGUGACAAUCUAUAUUCGGUCUAUACUACAGGCCGGGGGGGUACCAUCGCAGUGAACGAGAGCUCCCCGACUUCGACUUCAAGCGCCUCGACAACCUCAAAGACUAAUAGCCCCGCGAUCAGUAACCAAAGCACGGAUGGAGCUGACGACACGCAGAAAAGACACAGCAAUGUCGCUCUUAUCGCUGGGGUUGUAGGCGGAGCAUGCGGGGGCGCAGCUCUCGUAGGCAUCGCUUUCUUUUUCUUCUGGCGAUCCAGGAAGAAGCGCAAUGCCCAGGCGAGAGUUGAUGAUACCGAUGGUUAUUAUGGAGAUGGAGACUUCUGUCAGGAGGCUUCGAGAGCCGACUCUCGGUUGGACGGAAGCUAUCUGGCUGAGUGCCGCAAGGUCAAUGGCAGCAUCGAUGAUUUCCACGACUACUCCCGCCGAGUCCUGCAGAAGGACGAGAACCAAUGCUAA